UCCGAAGUCCAGCAGCUUGUGAAGUCGGACAUUGUGGUGAAAGAGGUUUCGAAGCCUUUGGUUGCCUUGGAAACCACUAUCAACGAGCUCAUUGGACAACCUAUGCAGCUCGAGAGCAUUGAGUUUGUGAAUGCCAUCGCUUCUCCGAUCGCAAAGGUCACCGAGACACUGAAGAACAUCGAUCUCCAGGCAGCUCAUAUGCAGCCGACGGUCGUUGUGGAAGAUUGUCUGCUAGAAAUGUGUGCAUCCUUAGAGAAGGCUCAAACAACACACACUGCUGAAAAGGCCCAAGAGAGCACAGCUCAUAGCAAGUUGGUUGAUACAGUGACCCAUGUGCAGCACGAUAUACGAGAAUGCAUUCAGUUGGAGAAAAAUAAGAGAUCGGUAGAUGUGACCUAUGAAGAAAAAGAGGAAACUAUGAAAUCAAAGAAUGAUGUUGAAUCAGUGAAGAAUGUCGGUGAAGUAGCAAAGCAAAAGGUAGAAGAGGAGGCGAAUAAAAUGGAAGAGGAAGUGAAGCAGAAGGUUGAUGAACAAGCAACUAAAAAGAAGAUAAAGGAAGAAGCGCAAAACAAGCCUCAAGAGGAAGCGAAGAAGAAGGCUGAGGACGAAGCGAGGAAAAUGAAAGAAGAAGAAGUAAAGAAAAAGGCAGAAGAAGUAGCGAAGAAGAAGGCAGAAGAAGAAGCGAAGAAGAAGGCAGAAAAAGAAGCAAAUAAUGAGGCAGAAGAUGCAAAGAAGAAAUCUGAGGAAGAAACUAAGAAGAAGGCUGAAGGAGAAGCAAAGAAAAGCGUAGAAGAAGCGAAGAAGAAGGCAGAAGAAAAAGCGGAGAAGAAGGCUAAGAAAGAAGCGAAGAAGAAGGCAGAAGAAGCAGCGAAAAAGAUGGCAGAAGAAGAAGCAAAGCAAAAGGCAGAAGAAGCGAAGAAGAAGGAUGAAGAGGAAGUGAAGAAGAAGGCAGAAGAAUCAAAGAAGAAAGCUGAAGAAGAAGCGAAGAAGAAGACAGAUGAGGAAGAAGCAAAGAAGACGGCUGAAGAAGAAGCGAAGAAGAAGGCAGAAAAUGAAGCGAAGAAGAAGGCAGAAGAAUCAAAGAAGAAGGCAGAAGAAGAAGCGAAGAAGAAGGCAGAAGAAGAAGAAACGAAGAAGAAGGCAGAAGAAACGAAGAAGAAGGCAGCAGAAGAUGCAAAGAAAAAGGCAGAAGAGGAAGCGAGGAAGAAGGCUGAGGAAGAAGCAAAGCAGAAGGCUGAAGAAGAAGCAAAGAAGAAUGCUGAAGUAGAAGCGAAGAAAAAGGCAGAAGAAGAUGCAAAGAAAAAGGCAGAAGAGGAAGCGAAGAAGAAGGCUGAGGAAGAAGCAAAACAGAAGGCUGAAGAAAAAGCAAAGAAGAAGGCAGAAAUAGAUGCGAAGAAAAAGGCAGAAGAAGCAGCAAAGAAGAAGGUUGAGGAAGAAGCUAAGAAGAAGGCAGAAGAAGCGAAGAAGAAGGCUGAGGAAGAAGCAAAGAUGAAGGCAGAAGAAGAAGCGAAGAAGAAGGCAGAAGAAGAAGCGAAGAAGAAGGCUGAAGUGGAAUCGAAGAAGAAAGCUGAGGAAGUAGCAAAGAAGAAGGCAGAAGAAGAGGAAACGAAGAAGAAGGCAGAAGAAUCGAAGAAGAAGGCUGAGGAAGAAGCAAAGAAGAACGCAGAAGAGGAAGCAAAGAAGAAGGCAGAAGAAGAGGUAAAGAAGAAGGCAGAAGAAGAAGCUAAGAAAAAGGCAGAAGAAGCGAAGAAGAAGGCAGAAGAGGAAGCAAAGAUGAAGGCAGAAGAAGCGAAGAAGAAGGCAGAAGAGGAAGCGGAGAUGAAAGCUGAAGAAGAAGCGAAGAAAAAAGCGGAAGAAGAAGGAAAGAAGAAGAAGGCUAAGGAAGAAGCAAAGAAAAAGGCAGAAGAGGAAGCGAAGAAGAAGGCAGAAGAGGAAGCAAAGAAGAAGGCAGAAGAAGAAGCGAAGAAGAAGGCAGAGGAAGAAGCAAAGAAGAAGGCUGAGAAAGAAGCAAAGAAGAAGGCUGAGGAAGAAGCGAAGAAGAAGGCAGAAGAAGAAGCGAAGAAGAAGGCUGAAGAGGAAGCGAAGAAGAAGGCUGAAGAGGAAGCGAAGAAGAAGGCAGAAGAAGUGAAGAAGAAGGCAGAAGAGGAAGCGAAGAAGAAGGCAGAAGAAGUGAAGAAAAAGGCAGAAGAAGAAGUGAAGAAGAAGGCAGAGGAAGAAGCGAAAAAGAAAGCUGAGGAAGAAGCGAAGAAAAAGGCAGAAGAAGAAAUGAAGAAGAAAGCAGAAGAAGAUGCAAAGAAGAAGGCAGAAGAAGAAGCGAAGAAAAAGGAAGAAGAAGCAAAGAAGAAGGCUGAAGAAGAAACGAAAAAGAAGGCAGAAGAAGCAGCAAAGAAGAAAGCUGAAGAGGAAGCGAAGAAGAAGGCAGAAGAAGCAAAGAAGAAGGCAGAAGAGGAAGCGAAGAAGAAGGCAGAAGAAGAAACGAAGAAGAAGGCAGAAGAGGAAGCGAAGAAGAAGGCAGAAGAAGAAGCGAAGAAGAAGGCUGAAGAGGAAGCGAUGAAGAAUGCAGAAGAAGAAGCGAAGAAGAUCGCAGAAGAAGAAGCGAAGAAGAAGGCUGAAGAAGAAGCGAAGAAAAAGGCAGAAGAAGCGAAGAAGAAGGCUGAGAAAGAAGCAAAGAAGAAAGCUGAGGAAGAAACGAAGAAGAAGGCAGAAGAAGCAGCAAAGAAGAAGGCUGAGGAAGAAACGAAGAAGGCAGAAGAAGAAGCUAAGAAGAAGGCAGAAGAGGAAGCGAAGAAGAAGGCAGAAGAGGAAGCAAAGAAGAAGGCAGAAGAAGAAGCGAAGAAGAAGGCAGAAGACGAAGCGAAGAAGAAGGCAGAGGAAGAAGCGAAGAAGAAGGCAGAAGAAGAAGCGAAGAAGAAGGUAGAAGAAAAAUCGAAGAAGAAGGCAGAGGAAGAAGCGAAGAAAAAGGUAGAAGAAGCGAAGAAGAAGGAUGAAGGAGCGAAGAAGAAGGCUGAGGAAGAAACGAAGAAGAAGGCAGAAGAAGUAGCAAAGAAGAAGGCUGAGGAAGAAACGAAGAAGGCAGAAGAAAAGGCGAAGAAGAAGGCAGAAGAGGAAGCGAAGAAGAAGGCAGAAGAAGAAGCGAAGAAGAAGGCAGAAGACGAAGCGAAGAAGAAAGCAGAGGAAGAAGCGAAGAAGAAGGCAGAAGAAGAAGCGAAGAAGAAGGCAGAAGAAAAAGCGAAGAAGAAGGCAGAGGAAGAAGCGAAGAAAAAGGUAGAAGAAGCGAAGAAGAAGGAUGAGAAAGAAGCGAAGAAGAAGGCUGAGGAAGAAACGAAGAAGAAGGCAGAAGAAGCAGCAAAGAAGAAGGCUGAAGAAGAAACGAAGAAGGCAGAAGAAAAGGCGAAGAAGAAGGCAGAAGAGGAAGCGAAGAAGAAGGCAGAAGAGGAAGCAAAGAAGAGGGCAGAAGAAGAAGCGAAAAAGAAGGCAGAAGAAGAAGCGAAGAAGAAAGCCGAGGAAGAAGCGAAGAAGAAGGCAGAAGAAGAAGUGAAGAAGAAGGCAGAAGAAGAAGCGAAGAAGAAGGCAGAGAAAGAAGCGAAGAAGAAGGCUGAGGAAGAAGCGAAGAAGAAGGCAGAAGAAACAGCGAAAAAGAAGGCAGAAGAAGAAGCGAAGAAAAAGGUAGAAGAAGCAGCAAAGAAGAAGGAUGAAGAGGAAGCAAAGAAGAAGGCAGAAGAAGUGAAGAAGAAAGCAGAAGAGGAAACGAAGAAGAAGGCAGAAGAAGAAGCGAAGAAGAAAGCAGAAGAAGCAGCAAAUAAGAAGGGAGAAGAAGAAGCAAAGCAGAAGGCAGAAGAAGCGAAGACGAAGGCUGAGGAUCAAGCAAAGAAGAAGGCGGAAGUCGAAGCGAAGAAAAAGGCAGACGAAGAAGCAAAUAAGAUGGCAGAAGAAGUAGCGAAUAAGAAGGCACGAGAGGAAGCAAAGAAAAUGGUUGAAGAAGAAUCAGCAAAGAAGGCAGAAGAAGAAGCGAAGAAGAAGGCUGAAGAAGAAGCAAAGAAGAAGGCAGAAGAAGUGGUGGAAAGAAAAACUGCAGAGGGAACAAAGAAGGCAGAAGAGGAAUCGAAGCAAAAGGCCAAAGCAGCAAAGAAAAAGCCAGAUGCAGAAGCAAUAAAAUUGGAAGAAGAAGCAAAACAAGCGGCUGAAGAAAAAACAGCAAAGAAGAAGGAUAAACAAGAGGCUGAAGCAGCCAAGAAGAAGAAAGAAGAAGAAGUGAAGCAGCAGGAGGAAAUACUGGUAGUGAAAAAGACGGCUGAAGAAGUAACUUAUAAAAUGGCAAAUCCACUGGAAAAGAAAAAGGUAGAAGAAAGGACUCUAGACGAGCACCUUUUCGAUGAAGAAGUUGUUCUAACGAGGCAAAAAAGGAUAGCGGCAAAGGCAGUACAUCAGGCAUUCGAGGACGAGAUCAGCACGUCAUUCAAAGUGAAAACUACUCGAAAAACUCACAGUGCUAUGGGCGAAACCGAAGAAAAGGAAUUCAGUAAGCUUGGAUCACUGUUGCUAAAUUUCCAGGAAAUGCUUUCAGAAACCAAACGCAUGUUCUUGACUGAUCUUCCGGGAAGAAAUUUUGCUAAAUCUAUCCAGAAUGUGAAGCUGAGCCUAUUUACUUCUCAUGAACUCGAGAUCCUCCAAAUCGACUUGGCGCUUGUAAAGCUUCUGCAAACGCCGAUCGAAAAUUUAACCACCAUUCUUGCGUCAAUGGAUCUUUAUUCUUCUCAGUCAGACUCUUGGAGUACAUUAGAAGAUUGUUUGCUGCAGGUCGUGGAAGCAUUCGGACAAGUUCAACAAAAGAACGAGAAGCUGCAUUCAACGACUGAGUGGGUAACGGUGUUUACACUGUACAAAUCAAUUUUGAUUAUUUUAACUGACAUUCGCCAAUGCAUUUACCAGAAGAGGUCCUCUAGGACUGAAAUUGAUCUAACGUUGAACAAAACCGUUGUAGAGCUGCAACUUUUGCAGAAAGACCUCGAGUACAUUCAGCUUAUUUCGAAUGAUCGACUGGAUUUGACGCCCAAAACCGUUGAUUCGUACUUUUCGCAAGCUCUAACUACACUGACCUUGUUGCACCCGUCGGUUGUGGCAGUGGUGAAAAAGCCCACGUACUCCACCUGCGUCAAUUUACUACUGUCGCUCUCCAUUCCGGUACAUGACCUGGUGAAAGAGCUCCCGCCAGCGGCGAGCUGGAAUGCGGAAUCUAUCACACCGGCAUUGAAGCAUAACUUGAGACAGUUGUACCGUGUUGUUUCGGCCAUCUCUCAGCAGCAGCUUACCAGGGUGCGCAAUGAGCGCGAGGUUUCCAUCCUAGAGGAGAUGAAGAGACAUCUCCAAGGCUUAGAUAGGGUGCUGAAGAGUUUCCUUGACCUGUACAACAAGAUUGAGAUGCAGAAGGAGCUGUUAGCAACGAUACGUCGAAAUCUGAGCGUGCUGAAGAGCGUCAUGUUCCAAGUUAGAAACCAAUAUGCCAUAGAAGCAUUGUCCGAAAAGGACGAUAGUUUACUAUGCGCCUUUGAGUUGGUGAUCGAAAAGCUGACGGUAAAUCCGCUGCAGCUAGACUCGGUCGAGUACCUUCGCCUGUUAGCAGAAUCGCUUGAAAAGUUCGGCGAUAUCGUGCGCAGACUGUGCGGCAGUAGUGUGGUCAUUUCGGACUGGCUACUCCGCUAUCAGUUGCAGCUGCUGAAGAUUUUCGAUACCGUAGAGUUCUGUCUUAGCGAGGAACAGUUCAUAGUGAUAGGCAGCAAGGAGAAAUAUACUAGGACUAGUACGCAGGAUGCAAUACACACGGUCAAGCAGCUUAUCACGCACUACAAGAUCACUAGCGUUAGCACCGAGCAGGACAAAGCACAGGAGCGACGGGGUGCAUCGUCCCACAUCAAGGUUCUUGCCGCACGCCAAGGUCUGACGGACGAACGAGCUGAUCAUUCGCAGCGCGUAGCACCGGACGCGCGGCAGCAUCGUGCCGACGCAAUCAGACGUCGUGCCACUAGGAGUCCUCAAGGUUUGCGAGACGACCCGCCGCGUAGCUCCUCCCGGUGCAGCCUGGGAGCGCUUCCCUCCAAGCGCGGACCCUCGUUUGCGGUGUACCUGAAGAACGUGUUCAUCGAACGAGACCACGGCUUCAAGCUGCUAUGCGUGGUGCUCGACUCCGAGAUCGACGUCCGGUGGACGAAGGACGGCGUCGACAUCGGGCACGGCGGCCGGUAUCGGGUGCAGCAGAAGAACGGUCUCGUUACCCUGCAGGUGGAUCGGGCCGAUUACGACGAUUCGGGUACCUAUGCGUGUCAUGUUUUCAACAACUACGGCCAAUCGUUCAACAAGUGCACCGUCGAGGUGUACGACACGAGCGAUGAUAUCAUCUGCUCGUCGUUCAGCAUACCGCCGAAGAUGGGGCUCGUCCUUAAGUUCAACAUGACGGGCAGACGGGAGAGAAGAUCGCGGUCCAAAAAGAACCAGGAGCCGGAACCGGUGCAGGUGGAGGUAACGCCGGCCGAGCCGACGAUGCUGGACCUGCUGAAGAUCCCUGGUCGAGGUGAUUCGCCCCGGGACUUCCGCAGUCUGCAUCGGGAAAAGUCUCCGUUCGAAAUCGGUGAAAAGCCCGAGAAGCAGGUCGCGUCGCAGAAGGCCAUCAUCGACAAAGCGCUCGUGAUGGACAUCUCGGGUGGCGUGACGAACGUGGACGAGUACAUCUCGCUAUUCUUCACCGAUUCCUGCUCGCUGGAUCCAGCCAGCUGCGGUGACAUCUCCACGGUGAAGGUGGUCGUGGUAGAGGAAGAAAUCCCCGAGCCGGAACCGCCGAAACCGGCUGAAGAGCACACGAAGACGGAGGCGGAGGCGGCGGCCGAACUGGCCCGCAUCAAGGAGGAAGAGGAGAAGCAGGCGAAGGAACCGACACCACCGCCACCGCCAGAACCGGAGCCGGAACCAGAGCCCGUGGUCGAGGAGGAGGAGGAAGAGGAGGAAGAGGAGGAGGAGGAACCCGAACUCGAACCGCCUCGGGAGCCGACGCCCCCACCGCCGAAGGACCCGACGCCCGAGCCGGAACCGAUAAAGCCACCGCCCGAGCCAGAAUAUGACUCAGACGUAGAGCUGAUCCCAGUGAAGGAAGAGUUCGAUCCGUCGGUGUGGAAGAGCAUCGAUAGCAUCGAGCAGCAGCAGCAGCAGCAGGCAGAGGCGGAAGCAAAGCCAGCGCCAGUGAAAUCACGCGAGAGCUCCCGGCGGCAGUCGACGGCGACGGAAAUGACGGAACGGGAGCGCGACUUGGAAUGGCAGCGCCAGCGGCAGAUGAUGCGGCCGCCGCUAGUCAUCUCCCAUCUGAAGGCGCGCGCGGCUCCGAAGGGCUCGACGGUCAAGCUGACGUGCACCAUCUCCGGCCCGGGCAUCACGGUGCGCUGGCUGAAGAAUGGCGACCCGAUCGAGAAGAGCAGCAAGCACACCUUCAAGGUGAGCGAGAGCUUGCUCGGGCUCGAGAUUAAGGACGUCGACAAGACCGAUGCCGGCGAGUACUGCUGCAUGAUCAAGAACAAGAACGGUGAAACGUCCACCAGCACCACGCUUACGGUGUAUGAAAAUUUCGAAGUCAAACCAACGCCUCCGACGUUCAUCUCCAUCAAAGCUGUGGCACCGGUCGGGACAGAGGCAGCCACCACCUCUGAUGCACCUGCACCUCCAGCUCCCUCCGAUGCAGCAACCCCGACCGAAGCACCAGCUCCUGUUCCUGCCGAUGCCGCUGCCGGUGCAAGCCUUCCACCUUCCGGGGCACCGGAAAAACCACCCACUCCCGAAAAGCCACCGGUUGAGGCAGCCCCGGUUGCGGCUGCCCCUGCAGUUGAAGCAGAAGCUCCCGAGGCUGCCCCCGCUGAGGGUCAGGAAGGCGAACCGGAAGCCGUCACGGCACCACCAGAACUCGGCGGGCACGACAAGCAUAGACGGUUGGCACCGGAGAAGUCGCCCUCGCCACCACCGAUCGGUGGUGACAUGGCACGCUACUAUCACAAGAAGCUCAUGCACCAUCGGGACAAGCUCCAGUGGUCGGUGCACCUUACCAACCGGGCCCUGGUGGCCGGAAAUCGGCUGAAGCUGAUGUGUGCCGCCACCGGGUUCGAGCCAACGCUGGAGUGGUACAAGGACGGGCAACCGGUCGAGUACGACGAUCACAUCGUGGACAUGAACGACAUGCACCGGGCGGCGUACGGGUGUCUGUGGGUGAACGAUGUGACGAUAAAGGAUGCGGGCGAGUACAAGUGUGUGGCGAAAAAUGGGCUUGAGCAGAUCGAAACCGUUUGCAAGCUGACCGUCGUCGAGCCCGUCACCACCGUCAAGACGUUUGCCCCGAUGUUCGUGCGCAUGGUACGAGAAAACUACGACCCGUACAGCAACAUCCUAACGGUGGAGUUCGUGAUCCGCGCCAACCCGACGCCAACGCUAACGUGGUACAAGGGCAUCAUCAAGCUGGGUGUCUACCCGGAUAGCCACAUGCGCAUCUCGCAGCACUUCGACGAAACGGCCGAGCACACGAUCGCCUCGCUCGUGUUCUACGAUCCAUCGUACACGGACAACGGCGAGUACAUUUGCAUCGCCUCGAACACUGUCGGUGAGGCAACGUGCAAACACAACCUCGAUUUCUGCAGCAAGGAACAGUACUUCGAGUGGCUCGCCAAGAAGCGGCCCGGGUGGUUUAAGGCCGAAUCGUACAUCGCCGUCGACCCGGUGCCCGUGUUUGGUGAUGGUGAGCCGGAAGAAGGCGGCGAGGAGGAAGAGGUGGACGAGGAAGGUGAAGGUGGCGGCGAGCAGGAGCAGGAGGGUGGUGAGAAGAAGCCAAAGGUGAAACGCGCCCCGAAACUGCCGGAUGUUACCGAGCUGCCGGAGGAGGAGAAAAAGGCCGAAGCGGAGGCAAAGGUAGUGCGAGUGGUUUCACCGGAACAUCCGGCCGCAGCUGAGGCGGAUGUGGUCGCUCCGAAGACGAGCGAACCGGAACCGGAGCCGGAGCCACGCUACAAACGUCGCAAGUCCCGCACCCAGGUGGCACUGGAAGAGUUCGAGCGGCGCAAGAAGUACGACUUUGUGUCGCAUAUGGCGAACGUGCGUGUAGAGCCUGGUAAAACGUUGCGCCUGAUCGCUUACGUUAAGUGUCCGGAGGAGGUGACGUCCUACUGGAAGCGGGACGGGCGAGUGCUGGGUAAUGGGUUGCGUCUCACCCACACUACCAUGCGCUGCGGCACGUGCGUGUUGGAGAUUGAAAAAUGCAAAUACCGGGAUGCGGGAACCUACACCUGCGUCGCAAAAUGUCCGACGUAUGGCGAAAUAGAGCAGAGCUGCACGGUGUCCGUGGUGGAAAGGACGGAAAUUAAGGGAGAGGCACCAGUGUUUACACGCCCGAUACAAGAAAAGUACGAUCCUAUUCAGGAUGAACUGACGCUCGAAUGCUGCGUCCGGGGUGACCCGGAGCCGGAAACGGUGUGGAUCGUGCACGGAGUGUUUAUGCGCCACAACACGGGCGGUCGGCUGUACUUCCGCAAGUACCCGGACGGCCGCCACGAGCUGAAGAUCUUCCAACCGUCGAAAGAAGACAGCGGACGGUACGUGUUGCGGGCGAAGAACAGCGUCGACAAGACGGACAUGGUGUACUAUCUGAACUACAAGAACAGCGACGAGGACGUGCUGAAGGUGUUCGAGGAUGAGCUGCACAAGAAGGCAGAAAAACCGAUCCUCAGUCGGCACCUGCGCGCGAAGGAUUGCGACUACAAUCCGGAGGACGAGGCGCUGAUCAAGUGGUCCGAGUCGCGCUCCCAGCACGACAAGGACUACGACUACCGGUACAAGCUGCGGUUCGUCACGCAGCUGCAGGACAAGACCGUACCGGAGGGCUCGAACCUAAAGUUUACCUGCUACGUCGACGGCAAGUUCCCGCUGUUCCUCUGGUACAAGGAUGAGAUACCGCUCGUGCAGGGUCGCAAGUACCGGCAGAAGACGCGCCGUGACGGCAAGGUGACGCUGGAGAUUGUCAACGUCACCACCGAGGACGCCGGCACGUACAAGCUCGAGGCGCGCAACUACGCCGGCUCCAUCGAGACGAAGUCGGUGGUUAGUGUCUACGAAAACCCGUACACCAAAUUCGUUCCCCCAAUCUUUGCAAGCAACAUCUUAGAAAACUACUCGCUCCACUCGGAUGAGAUCGUGCUGGAGUGCCGCGUGCGUGGCACACCCCGCCCGAACAUCGCCUGGAUCAAGGAUGGCGAGUACAUCAUCCCGGGCGACAAGUACGAGCAGUACGACCAUGCGGACGGUACCUGCAAGCUGAUCAUCACCUCGCCGUCCGAGGCCGACUCCGGUACGUACACGUGCGAGGCGGAGAGUGGCGGCUGCAGCGACGCCAUCAGCCACAACGUGCACUUCGUCAGCAAGGAGAAGGUGCAGAUGGAGCGCACGCACAGCGUGUACCACCGGAACCCGAACCUACCGCACUUCUACCAGGGUCUGGCUGACUACUCCAUCCCGUCCGGCGGCAACAUCUGCCUGGUGGUGGAGGUCCAGGGCAACUGCGAGGUGCAGUGGUUCCGCGACCGCUACCCGGUCACCGGGAAGCCACCGAAGGUGCGCACGUACAGCGACGGCACCGGCAUCUUUGCGCUCUGCAUCACCGCCGCCACGAUGGACGCGUCCGGUCGGUACAUUUGCCGGGCGACGAACGCGUUCGGCAAGGCCGAGUCGUCCUCGCACGUGGACAUCAUUAACCCGAACGCGAUCAAGGGUGCGAAGCCGCCGAUCUUCAUGUCCCGCCCGCAGCCGGAGAUCAAGAUCAGACAGGGCGAUUCGCUCUCGAUGGCCUUCAAGAUCAUCGGCGAUCCGAAGCCGAAGAUUCAAUGGAUGAAGGGUACCAAAGAUUUGACAAACUCACCGCGAACGAUCAAGGAAGUGCACGCCGACUACAUACGGUUCUCGAUCAAGGAGGCGGUCGUGGCGGACGAGGGUGCCUACUUCAUCGUCGCCAGAAACCGACACGGCAUCGAUCGCACGUUUACGAAAGUUUCGAUCAAGCCACCGAGAGGCUACAAGAAGCACCUGGAGGAUGACGUUGAGCGACCCGACCCGAAGGGAAGGAAAUAAACAGUCCAACCAAAGCACUGGAACUUUACACUAGUAGUUUCACGGGAAUGUUUUACUUUGUGUUUUGACGACGCUUUUUUGCUCGCGCACGAGCGAAACUAGUAACCGGAGUUUAGAGCAGCUAAGUUAUCAUUAUAUCAUCAUCGUCUGGGGAAUAAAAAGGACCGCGAAGCGAAGGAGCGCACGUUCGCAGCGAACACGAACGAAACAUAGAUAGGUCCCACACCGUGGAUGCGCGUGGAUGAUUCGAUUGCGAGUGAAUUCGCAAGGAUGUAUCACCUUUUCUGUAUAAGAUUUCUUUAUCCUCCCCACCCUCUUUUCCUUCAUCCUUUUUAGUAAGUGAGAGAUUUUCGAGUUUAUAUCAAUAAAACGAUU